GAUGAUGUUAAUUUCGGGGCCGCAGGUAAAGCUUCAUCGGAUGGAGGUAAAAGACGCUCAUCAAGGUUAAAUAGACUGACUGGGAGAACAAGUUCUGGGGGAAAAGACAACAACUCAUUUGCAAAUAGAGAGACCAACUCUCCUAUUGUGCCAACCAAGUACACAUGAGAAAGUCUCCUUAGAACAGAAGAAUAGUUUCAUUGUCACUGCAGGAAAUGAAAAGCGUCAUGGAUUGGAAGUUGCAGCACUGAUGCAUCACACUGUUGAGGGGAGCACGCCUGCGGGGCCAGUUACAAUGGAAGGAUCGCUGACAGAGCAACAGCUUGGCCUCCGACAGGCAGAGGAGCGCCUUUACAGAGAUUAUAUUCACAGACUUUUAAAACAAUCCCCAGAAUACCCCAAAUAUCAAUACAUAUGCAAGCUCUGUUCAGUUCAUAUUGAGCACAUUCAAGCAGCGCACAAACACAUCAAGGAGAAACGACACAAGAAGAACAUAAUGGAAAAACAGGAGGAGAACGAACUGCGUGCCCUGCCACCCCCCUCAGUUUCACAGCUAAGAGCCAUCGACACAGCUGUUCUGGAAACAGCCAGGCAGCAUGGAAUUUCGGAGGAGGACUUUGAGCAUCGGAAGGCCGUGGUUACGAGGAUGGAGGACAUCAUAAAGAAACACCGCUCAGCUUGCACUCUAAGUCUCUACGGUUCUUGUCUUACCCGAUUUGCCUUUAAGACGAGUGAUAUCAACAUUGAUGUCAACCACCCGUCCACAAUGACUCAACCGGAAGUCCUGAUUCAAGUGCUUGACAUCCUCAAAAAUAGCACUGAAUUUUCAGAGGUUGUGUCAGACUUUCAUGCCAAAGUUCCUGCCAUCAUCUGUCGUGAUGUCAUAAGUGGCCUGAUGUGCAAAGUCAGUGCAGGCAAUGAUGUUGCUUGUCUGACCACAAAUCACAUGGCGGCCUUGGCAAAGUUGGAACCCAGGUUGGUUCCGCUGGUGCUGGCUUUCCGGUAUUGGGCAAGGCUGUGUCACAUUGACUGUCAGGCUGAGGGUGGAGUCCCCUCAUAUUCCUUCGCUCUCAUGGUCAUCUUCUUCUUGCAGCAGAGGAACGAGCCAAUUCUCCCCGUCUACUUUGGCCACUGGAUUGACGGCUUUGAUGUGAAACGUGUGGACGAGUAUCAUCUGACAGCAAUCCAGUCAGACAUGUAUGUGCAAUGGGAGCACAGACCUUCUCGCACCACGGAUGGGCAGGGAGAGAAUCGAAACGAGGCUAAGGGGGAAGGCAGAUCAAAACCAGAACGCAGUAAACCUGAUAAAGCUCAGUUUUCACACGGCUUGGCCCGGCUGACUUUUGAAUUGUGUAAAAACGUCUCACUGGGACAGUUAUGGUUGGAACUCAUGCGUUUCUACACACUUGAGUUUGCAUUGGAAGAGUACAUUAUCAGCAUCCGUUUAAGAGCGCUUGUCUCUCGGGAAAUGAAGAACUGGCCUCGUCGCCGUCUUGCUAUCGAAGAUCCAUUUGCUUUGAAGAGAAAUGUUGCACGAAGCUUGAACAGCCAAAUGGUGUUUGAGUAUAUACAGGAGCGGUUCCGCACAGCUUAUAAAUACUUUGCCUGCCCACAGAGAAAAGGGAGGAUGCAGCAGAAAAGCAAGAUGGCUGGCAAGCGAGGCUCUAAGUUGUUACAAGUAGAGAAGGCGGCCGUAUCAAAGUGUGCUAGCAAGAUAGAGACUACGUUAACAAAGUUAACAGAUGAGAAAAUUCAGUUGCUGUUCCGACAAUCACAGGAUCAUGGUGAAAGUGUGACUGACCAUAAAGAGCAGUCUAUAAAGGAGGAUGAGAAGACACUUGAUGGCAACCUCAUGGAAAUGUCCCUCAGGGAAGAGAACAAAGCCUCUGAACACUUGAACACAAUGCCUGCUCUUUCUAUCAAUGGGUUACUUGACGAAGAAGUAAAUGAUGAGGACAAGUGUUACUCUGAAAACGAAGGGAUCACAACAUCAGAAGAGCUUCACUAUAUCUUUGAUAAGAUGAUAUUCACUGGCGGGAAGCCUCCAAAUGUUGUGUGCAGUAUUUGCAAACGAGAUGGUCACCGAAAAGACGAAUGUCCAGAUGACUUUAAGAAGAUCGAGUUGAAACCCCUGCCUCCAAUGAACACCCAUUUCAUAGAGAUCCUGAAUCGUCUUUGCAAACUGUGCCACUAUGAACUAGCACCCACGCAUGCUGAGCAGCAGAAGCGAGAGCAAAUCCUGGCCAGUCUGGAGAGGUUCAUAAGGAAGGAGUACAACGAUAAAGCUCAGCUGUGUUUGUUCGGAUCCUCCAAGAAUGGCUUCGGUUUCCAUGACAGUGACCUUGACAUUUGCAUGACUCUAGAAGGUCACGAGACUGCUGAGAAGCUGAACUGUAAGGAGAUCAUCGAAGGCCUUGCUAAAGUACUAAAGAAGCAUGCAGGUCUGAGGAACAUAUUGCCUAUUACUACAGCAAAAGUGCCUAUCGUGAAGUUUGAACACAGGCAGAGUGGUUUGGAGGGAGACAUCAGUCUCUACAAUACUCUGGCUCAACACAACACCAGAAUGCUGGCUAUGUAUGCAGCCCUGGACGAACGUGUGCAGUUCCUGGGAUAUAUGAUGAAAGUCUUCGCAAAGCGCUGUGACAUUGGCGAUGCAUCCAGAGGAAGUCUCUCAUCUUACGCAUACAUCCUGAUGGUGAUUUACUUUCUGCAGCAGAGGCAGCCUCCAGUCAUCCCAGUCCUGCAGGAAAUCUUUGAUGGAACAAGUAUUCCCCAGAAAAUAGUCGAUGGUUGGAAUGCCUUCUUCUUUGAUGACCUUGAAGAUUUGCGCCUGCACAUGUCAGUGCUGGAACUCAACCCAGAAUCUGCGGGCGAGCUAUGGUUAGGCCUCCUGCGCUUCUACACCGAAGAGUUUGACUUCAAAGAGCACGUCAUCACCAUCCGCCAAAAGAAACGCCUCACUACCUUUGAAAAACAGUGGACGAGCAAAUGCAUUGCUAUUGAAGAUCCUUUUGAUUUGAAUCAUAAUCUUGGCGCUGGAGUUUCUCGCAAAAUGACAAACUUUAUCAUGAAGGCUUUCAUAAAUGGGCGAAAGCUGUUUGGAACUCCCUCCUAUCCGGUCCCUGGUACUGAAGUGGACUACUUCUUUGACGCAAAGGUUCUAACAGACGGCGAGUUGGCACCAAAUGACAGGUGCUGUCGGAUCUGUGGAAAGAUUGGACAUUAUAUGAAGGACUGUCCCAAGCGACGCAGAAUGAAAAAGAGAGAAAAUGACCAAGUUGACGAUGUAAAAGAGGAAGAGCGGGAGCAAAAAGACAGGCGUUGUUUUCAGUGUGGGGACACUGGUCACGUAAGGAGGGACUGUCCUGAAUACCGCCAUCUAAAGCAGAGGACUGCCGGGGCAACAGCUCCUCACAUGGUACGGUCUUUGGGGAAUUCUCAGUCCAUCACUGGCUCCCAGGUCGUGCCAGACUGUCCUGGAAGGGCCAGGCUACCCUCGGAGAGCUCAGACAGUCGCCAGACUCUACCCUAUUCUCCACAGCCCACAGCUGUGUCUCAAAGUUCCCCUCAGUCCUGCAGUUCUCCCAAGCCCUCCCAAAAUAAAACCAUUUCUUCAGGUCCCCAGAAACAGCCCACUUACCCCCAGGUCCCUCUCUCCAUUUUCAACUUCCCUUCAUCCCACCCAGGCCAAUAUCACCUUGGGACACUCUCUGAACUGUGGCCUCUUCCCUCCCACCAGCACCAGUCGCAUCCAUCGCAGAGCCAGUCUCAUCACUCAGCUCGCAUCCCCUCUCCAUCCUGGCCCAUUCACAGACCUCUGCUUUCUACAAAUACAACGACCGCCCCCUCCCCGCCUGGCUUGAAAUUUGCUCUUCGUUCAGCAUUGGGAAGUACCACGAGCUCCGGGGGCAGCCCCAACCCCAUAAACCUGAAUGAUCCUAGUAUCAUUUUCGCACAGCCGGCAGGAAGACCGGUGGGCAUUGGUGGGCCAGGACGGGAAGGACACUGGCUCAAUCACUUGGCUCAACCUGGCUCACUUAUGGGAAAUGGCACUGUGGUCAAGUCAGUUACUCUCCGGGGCGAUCUUCGGUGCAUGGAGGCGAAGGCGACGCCACAGAGGGAAACGAGCCGGCAUCCAGGUGAAACUCCGCAAGAGAGGAUACAGAUUGGCGUUCCCGUAGAUCCACCUCGCGAAUGUACGCUCCCUACCCAACAAAAUGGACGAGCUUCAUCUUCUUUUAAAGACCAGUAAAGACUUCAGACGUUCCGCCGCCAUGUGCUUUACGGAGACUUGGCUUUGUGACGCUGUACCCGAUUGCGCCGUCAUGCUUCCCGGCUUCCAUCUUCACCGGGCAGACAUGGAGUCAUUGGGGAAAACAAAAGGCGGCGGGAUAUGCUUCUAUAUCAACGAAAAAUGGUGUACGGACGUCACGGAGCUCAGCACACACUGCAGCCCGCAUUUGGAGUCGCUGUUCUUGAACUGUAUGCCAUUCUACUCGCCACGUGAGUUUGCAUCAUUCAUUCUCGCUGGCAUCUAUAUUCCGCUUCAAGCUAACAAAAACGCCACACUCCUAACGCUCGCCGAACAAGUCAACGAAAUUGAAAACAAAACACCCGGACUCACCCCUGAUUAUUCUCGCGGACUUUAACAAAGCAAAACUCAACCACGAACUCCCUAAAUACAAGCAGCACAUCGACUGUGCGACCAGGGAAAAUAACAUUUUAGACCACUGCUACACGACGCGAAAAAAAGCAUACAGUGCCAAACUUUGUGCACCACUGAGCUCGUCUGAUCACUGCUUAAUUCACUUAAUACCGACGUACAGGCAAGAACUUAAAUGCGCGAAGCCGACAGUGAAAACAGUGAAAAAGUGGACCAAUGAACCAAAGAUGAAACUUCAAAGCUAAUUCGACUGCACAGACUGGAGUGUCUUUGAAAAUUCAGCUGGCAGCCUGGAUGAAUAUACGGACACUGUUACAUCCUAUAUCAGUUUCUGUGAAGAUGUGUGUGUACCAACAAAAUCAUUUCACACAUUCAACAACAACAAGCCGUGGUUCACUGCAGCUUCGCCAAGCUAAGGAGGAAGCAUAUCAGAGCGGGGACAGGGCCCUGUAUAAUCGAGCUGGAAACCAGCUGACUAAAGAAAUUAACAUUGCAAAGAAAAACUAUGCAGCAAAGUUGGAAAAACAGUUUAGCGCUUACAACUAUAAAUCAUUCUGGCAUGCAUUCCAAUCGCUGACUAAUUACAAGCGACGAUCCCCCCCAAGCUGAGAACAAUAGCACACUAGCCAACGACUUGAAUACCUUCUACUGCAGAUUUGAAAAGGACACUUUCACACCCCACACCCACCCAGCCGCACCACCGACCACUAUCACACCACCGACAUCUGCGUUGACCAUCCGCGAACAGGAUGUGAGACAGAUCUUCAAACAAAAAAAGAUUAACAAAGCGGCAGGCCCAGACCAUGUGUCCACAUCAUGCCUCAAACUCUGCGCGGACCAGCUCGCGCCAGUCUUCACUCAGAUCUUCAAUAGAUCUCUGGAACUGUGCAAAGUACCAUCCUGUUUCAAACGCUCCACCAUUAUUCCAGUCCCCAAGAAACCUGCAAUCUCGGGUCUAAAUGACUACAGGCCUGUCGCCUUGACAUCUGUGGUCAUGAAGUCCUUUGAACGUCUCAUGCUGGACCAGCUCAAGAGUGUCACAGGUGCCCUGCUGGACCUCAUGCAGUUUUCCUACCAAGCGAACAGGCCUGCGGAUGAUGCAGUCAACAUGGGGCUGCACUUCAUCCUAGAACACCUCAACAGUGCAGGGACCUAUGUGACGAUCCUGUUCGUGGACUUCAGCUCAGCGUUCAAAAUCAUCCUCCCUGAACUCCUUUCCUCCAGGCUUCUCCAGCUCAGCAUCUCACCAGCCAUCUGCCAGUGGAUUUACAGCUUCCUGAUGGGCAGGACACAGCAGGUGAGUCUGGGGGAGACCACCUCAUCCACACACAGCUUCAGCACUGGGGCGCCCCAAGGUUGUGUCCUCUCUACGCUGCUCUUCUCUCUCUACACGAACGACUGCACCUCAACGCACCCGGCUGUCAAACUCCUGAAGUUUGCAGAUGAC